GGCGGGGCCAGGCCCGGCCGAGGCGGAAGCGCCCGAGGAGGGCCCGGCUUCCCGGUGUCCCGCACUUACCCCCUCCUCGGCCCUGAACUGCUUUUGUCCCGCUUCGUGGGGCCCCUCGGGCCUGUUUGUGCGGUGAGCCAUGGAGGCUCCGUGGACCCUCACCCUGACCUUGGCCGCAGGCCUGGCUGCUGCCAGCCCACCUAACAUCCUGCUGAUCUUUGCUGAUGACCUGGGCUACGGGGACCUGGGCUCCUAUGGGCACCCCAGUUCCACCACCCCCAAUCUGGACCAGUUGGCCGCAGGGGGUCUUCGGUUCACAGACUUCUAUGUGCCUGUGUCUCUGUGCACACCCUCCCGGGCUGCCCUCCUGACCGGCCGACUCCCAGUUCGGAUGGGCUUGUACCCUGGAGUUCUGGAGCCCAGCUCCCGAGGGGGCCUGCCCCUGGAGGAGGUGACCUUGGCUGAGGUCCUGGCUGCCCAAGGCUACCUCACAGGGAUAGCUGGCAAGUGGCACCUUGGGGUGGGGCCUGAGGGGGCCUUUCUGCCCCCCCACCAUGGCUUCCAUCGAUUCCUGGGCAUCCCGUACUCCCAUGACCAGGGCCCUUGCCAGAAUCUGACCUGCUUCCCGCCGGCCACCCCCUGCGAAGGCAUCUGUGACCAGGGGCUGGUCCCUAUCCCCCUGCUGGCCAACCUGUCGGUGGAGGCACAGCCCCCUUGGCUGCCUGGACUCGAGGCCCGCUACGUGGCUUUUGCCCGUGACCUCAUGACUGAUGCCCAACGCCAAGGCCGCCCGUUCUUCCUGUACUAUGCCUCCCACCAUACCCACUACCCCCAGUUCAGUGGGCAGAGCUUUCCAGGGCACUCAGGCCGAGGGCCGUUUGGGGACUCCCUGAUGGAGCUGGAUGCGGCUGUGGGGGCCCUGAUGACAGCUGUGGGGGACCUGGGGCUGCUCGGAGAGACACUCGUCUUCUUCACUGCGGACAACGGACCUGAGACGAUGCGGAUGUCCCACGGUGGCUGCUCUGGCCUCCUGCGAUGCGGAAAGGGAACCACUUUCGAAGGGGGCGUCCGAGAGCCCGCCUUGGCCUUCUGGCCUGGCCACAUCGCUCCCGGUGUGACCCAUGAGCUGGCCAGCUCCCUGGACCUGCUGCCCACCCUGGCAGCCCUGGCGGGGGCCCAGCUGCCCAAUAUCACCUUGGAUGGCGUUGACCUCAGCCCCCUGCUGUUGGGCACAGGCAAGAGCCCCCGGCACACCCUCUUCUUCUACUCGGCUUUCCCGGAUGAGGUCCGAGGGGUCUUUGCUGUGCGGAGCGGGAAGUACAAGGCGCACUUCUUUACCCAGGGCUCUGUCCACAGCGACACCACUGCGGACCCUGCCUGCCACGCCUCUAGUCCUCUGACUGCCCAUGAGCCCCCGCUGCUCUUUGACCUGUCUGAGGACCCUGGUGAGAACUACAACCUUCUGGAGGGUGUGGAUAAGGUCGCCCCAGAGGCGCUGCAGGCAAUGAAGCAACUUGAGCUGCUCAAGGCCCAGUUUGAUGCUGCCAUGACCUUUGGGCCCAGCCAGAUGGCGCGGGGCGAGGACCCCGCCCUGCAGGUCUGCUGCCAGCCCAGCUGCACCCCCCGGCCGUCCUGCUGCCACUGCCCCGAGUUCCAGCCCUGAGGGCGCAGACGGAGGCCGUCUGGGGUUCCUGGCUGUGCUGUGGGGGUGUGGAGGUGGUUUGUACCCGAGAACUCUAAUAACACCAGCUGACACUUGUGUGAUAA